UUGAGAGUUAUAUCAAGAAAUUUCAGUUCAGAGAGAGAGAGAGAGAAGGAGAGAAAGAAAGAGACACUAGGAGGGAGAAAGGCAGGGGACGCGCUGUAGCUUCCUUCCAUCACUAAAGCAAUAACCUAUUAGGAUUUCCUUUGGCUCCUAUCACCCCAGAGAUGCAAAGAAGGAGAGAGCAGCAUCAACCAGCCCAACUCUGACAUUUCUAAUAAGAACUUACAGACUUAACAUGCCCGCCUCUCUACACUGAGGAGACAGGAAUGGAAAAUGUGUGCAGUGUAGAGUGGAAAAUACCCCUGAUCUAAAGAAGUGCACUGGCUUUUGUGCUUGCUGGUUGGUUGUGGUGGUGUAUGCACGUUAAGCACCAGAAGGAUCGUCGCUGGAUAGAAAUGAAACGUGGAGAGGAUGACUAACGACAGAACUGUGAAUUUGUUCUCUGGAGUUGCUAAUUUCCCACCCCGAAGCAACACAUUUCGCAAAGAGCAAGCGUUUGGCUGCUGCUGAUUUCUCCAAAACCGGUGGUUUAGCAGAUGCUUUGUGCUGUAUGUGUUGGAUCAGAUCCUUGCUGAGCCGCAGCAGAUCGGCAAAGGUAGACAACCAGUUUGCUGUCUCCAAAUAAGAAAUGAGAUGUAAUGCAUCCUGCAGUCCAUGCACGCCUCCUCUUGCAAAUCGUGCACCAUUCCUCCUUGGAAACCUUUAAAUCCUAAAAUCCAGAAAAAGAGAAUAAACACAUUAUCAUGGACCUGAGGGAUUUUUACCUGUUGGCCGCUCUGAUUGCCUGUUUAAGGCUGGAUUCAGCUAUAGCUCAAGAACUUAUUUACACUAUUAGAGAGGAGCUGCCUGAAAAUGUACCCAUAGGAAACAUACCAAAGGAUCUGAACAUUUCUCACAUCAAUGCUGCCACAGGGACCAGUGCCAGCCUUGUCUACAGACUGGUUUCUAAAGCAGGGGAUGCCCCUUUGGUCAAAGUGUCCAGCACCACCGGGGAAAUCUUCACCACCUCUAAUAGAAUAGACAGAGAAAAACUCUGUGCUGGAGCCUCCUAUGCUGAAGAAAAUGAGUGUUUUUUUGAACUUGAAGUGGUGAUUCUCCCCAAUGACUUUUUUAGGCUGAUCAAAAUAAAAAUAAUUGUAAAAGAUACCAAUGACAAUGCACCUAUGUUUCCAUCCCCUGUCAUCAAUAUUUCCAUACCUGAAAACACAUUGAUCAACAGCCGCUUUCCAAUUCCAUCAGCAACUGAUCCUGACACUGGUUUCAACGGUGUACAGCACUAUGAAUUGUUAAAUGGGCAGAGUGUCUUCGGACUGGAUAUUGUUGAAACUCCAGAAGGAGAGAAAUGGCCUCAACUGAUUGUACAGCAAAACUUGGAUAGAGAGCAGAAGGACACCUAUGUGAUGAAAAUCAAAGUAGAGGAUGGAGGAACCCCUCAGAAAUCCAGCACAGCCAUACUGCAAGUCACAGUAAGUGAUGUCAAUGAUAACAGGCCAGUUUUUAAAGAGAGUCAGGUGGAGGUUCACAUACCAGAGAAUGCCCCAGUAGGCACCUCUGUAAUUCAGCUUCAUGCUACAGAUGCAGAUGUAGGAAGCAAUGCAGAAAUCAGAUAUAUUUUUGGUGCCCAAGUUGCCCCUGCAACCAAAAGGCUCUUUGCUUUAAAUAACACAACAGGGCUGAUUACAGUUCAGAGGUCCUUAGAUCGAGAAGAGACUGCUAUUCACAAAGUGACAGUGCUGGCCAGUGACGGUAGCUCUACUCCUGCUCGGGCAACUGUUACCAUCAAUGUCACUGAUGUAAAUGAUAACCCUCCUAACAUAGACCUCAGGUACAUUAUAAGUCCCAUCAAUGGCACAGUAUACUUAUCUGAGAAAGAUCCUGUCAAUACAAAGAUUGCCCUAAUUACAGUUUCAGAUAAGGACACUGAUGUGAAUGGCAAAGUGAUCUGUUUCAUUGAGAGAGAGGUCCCAUUUCACUUGAAGGCAGUUUAUGACAACCAGUAUUUGUUAGAGACCUCUUCCUUGUUGGACUAUGAGGGCACCAAAGAAUUCAGCUUUAAAAUUGUUGCCUCUGAUUCUGGCAAGCCCAGUUUGAACCAGACUGCCCUGGUAAGAGUUAAACUGGAGGAUGAAAAUGACAACCCUCCAAUUUUCAGCCAGCCUGUAAUUGAGCUGUCAGUUUCUGAAAACAACCGUCGUGGUCUAUACUUAACAACUAUUAGUGCCACAGACGAAGACAGUGGGAAAAAUGCAGACAUUGUUUAUCAGCUUGGCCCUAAUGCCUCCUUUUUCGAUCUGGAUCGAAAGACGGGAGUUUUGACAGCCUCCAGAGUUUUUGAUAGAGAAGAGCAAGAACGUUUCAUUUUCACUGUAACAGCAAGGGACAACGGCACCCCUCCUCUGCAGAGUCAAGCGGCUGUAAUUGUUACUGUGCUGGAUGAAAAUGACAACAGUCCUAAAUUUACUCAUAAUCACUUUCAGUUUUUUGUAUCUGAGAACUUACCAAAGUAUAGCACCGUGGGAGUGAUCACAGUGACCGAUGCAGAUGCCGGGGAAAAUAAAGCAGUGACCCUUUCCAUCCUGAAUGAUAAUGAGAACUUUGUGCUGGAUCCUUACUCUGGAGUUAUAAAGUCCAAUGUUUCUUUUGAUCGAGAACAGCAGAGUUCGUACACCUUUGAUGUCAAGGCCAUUGAUGGAGGACAACCUCCUCGCUCUUCUACAGCAAAAGUAACAAUAAAUGUCAUGGAUGUUAAUGAUAACAGCCCAGUUGUCAUAUACCCACCUUCUAAUACUUCUUUUAAGUUGGUGCCACUCUCAGCAAUCCCAGGCUCUGUCGUAGCAGAAGUAUUUGCUGUGGAUAUAGACACUGGAAUGAAUGCUGAACUUAAAUAUACAAUUGUAAGUGGAAAUAACAAAGGUUUAUUUCGUAUUGAUCCAGUGACAGGUAAUAUUACUCUGGAAGAAAAACCAGCUCCUACUGAUGUGGGGCUGCAUCGUUUAGUGGUCAACAUAAGUGACUUGGGUUAUCCUAAAUCCUUGCAUACUCUUGUGCUUGUAUUUUUGUAUGUAAAUGACACUGCUGGAAAUGCCUCUUAUAUUUAUGACUUGAUACGUAGGACUAUGGAAACACCCUUGGACAGGAAUAUAGGGGACAGUAGCCAACCCUAUCAAAAUGAGGACUAUCUUACUAUCAUGAUUGCUAUAGUGGCAGGUGCUAUGGUUGUGAUAGUGGUGAUAUUUGUCACUGUUCUGGUUCGCUGUCGACAUGCGUCUAGGUUCAAAGCGGCACAAAGGAGCAAGCAAGGUGCUGAAUGGAUGUCUCCCAAUCAGGAGAACAAACAGAACAAGAAAAAGAAAAGGAAGAAAAGGAAGUCUCCUAAAAGUUCUCUUUUGAACUUUGUUACCAUUGAGGAGUCGAAACCUGAUGAUGCUGUUCAUGAACCUAUCAACGGGACAAUAAGCCUUCCAGCUGAGCUGGAGGAGCAAAGUAUAGGAAGAUUUGACUGGGGCACAGCACCACCAACAACCUUUAAGCCUAACAGUCCUGAUCUUGCUAAGCAUUACAAAUCUGCCUCUCCACAGUCUGCUUUUCAUCUUAAACCUGACACUCCAGUAUCAGUGAAAAAGCAUCAUGUGAUUCAGGAACUUCCAUUGGACAACACCUUUGUUGGUGGUUGUGACACCCUUUCCAAACGCUCUUCCACUAGUUCAGAUCACUUCAGUGCCUCAGAGUGCAGUUCCCAAGGAGGCUUCAAGACAAAGGGCCCCUUACACACCAGACAGAUGCUCCACCCAUCUGAGGAUCCUCUCCUUUAUAACAUCUUCGUUUCAAAACUGCCUACAAGACAGUGAAUCUGGUUCACAGUCAGUACUUACUCAGCAGGAGACAUUUCUCACUCACAUUUGAUACCUGCUGGCUGCUGCUUUCAAUUAUGGCCUAUACUGGAGAGCAGAACUGUUGAAGUAACGGAAUCAAUGAUGUAAUCAAACUAGUUAAGAUGCUCGCAGGGUAGCUACAGGGUUCUGGGCAUUGUCUAAUUCCUGCCAUAAGCAAAAUAGUGACAAGUCCUGCUCUUGUUUUGUUGCUUUCUUAGAUGGCAAAAAACUAGACAUUUGUUCAUUAUAUUGUGAAAUCACAUCCCGGGAUAUUGUUGAAUCUGCCCUGCAGCUAAUUAUCAGACGAUUGUAGGUAAUAAAAAUAACCUUUCCCUUCUACUAGGAAUAUAGUAUUAACCUUGAUCAAGUAGGUGCAUUAUUUUUGUGUGUUCCUGGCCCUGUGGUACAUAUGGAUUUAUUUUAUAUGAAUUAUUGGUACUGUUUCCCAGAAUUUGGGUAUUGGUGCUUUACCAGAGGAAUGGGCAUUUUGUACAUUGCAUCUUGGCACUGAGAAUGACCAGAGACGGUGGGCCUGAUUCACAUUUACACUAAGGCUAUUUAACAAUGCUCUGGUUGUGGAAAGGGGCCUUAAAUAGGGUAUAAACAGAAUUUAUCGUGGGCAUGAUUCUGGUCUCACACUAGUUUUCCACUAAUGAAAUUCUAGUUAUGUCACUGAUGUUGUCCUGUGUGGCAGAAUAGAAUCAGACCCAUAGCCUCUAUACAGUUCUCCCCCUCCUCAUUCUCACACACCCCACAGCACACAUGAUAUGGGAGGAAAGUUCUACGACCCUUCUGGAGCCCUCAGAAUCGCCAGCACCCAUUUUUCCUCUUUACACCUUGUUACAGCCAUCCUUCUUCUACUGAGGCUGUCUGGAUGGCAGUCCCGUGGGCACUCUUGAGUGGUUGCUGUUUAUUAAUGUGAGGUAUUCUGUCUCUUUGAGUAGCAAGAAUGCAAGAAAAGAAGGCUAAGUCCUUCCCCUGUAUGGCAAUUCAGAGCAUGACCAGUAGGCUGGCCAUUUGAUGCUAUUGCAAUAAUAUCUUCACUUCAGUGCUGUAUCUAACAUCUAGCUCUGUUUUCUGUGUUUCGAUUGUUUUAUCAUGGGGUUUCCAAGUAUUACAUAUGGCCUUUAAAAGCUAGAGCUCAAAUUCCACUGCUGAAGAAGCAUGUGGUAUCAAAGGACUAACAGUAGUACAGAUCUAAGUAGUGGUGUGAUUCACUAGAGGUGAUGUGCAGUAUAGUGAGUAGUUGUAAACACAUUGUAAUAAUCUCUGAUGUUACAUGCCACUUGUUGUCAUGCCCUACAUUUUCCUCUUACACAUCUCGUGCAUGCAAUUUCCAAUUGAGAUUCAUUUUAAUGUAUCCUUAAUAUGUUCCUUAACAUGUUAAUGGCACUUUGACAUUUUAAGAACAGAGGAACAAUGCCAAAACUAUGGAAAAAUCUUUAACCAACAUACUAGUUUAAAUAAUUCAGCACUCAUAGUUUUAAGACCCAAAGGUGUUUUCACAUGUGUAGAUGUAAAGAUUAGAUGCAUGUUUGGGGAGAUCACUGCUGUCAGACUUUAGUAAAGGACAUAAAGAAGUUGUACAUUUAACACAAGCUUGUACUGGUAUGAAAUAGAUGCCAUGAUUUUCUGAUCAUGUGUGAGAACAGAAUCUCAAGUUUAGUGUAGGAGACCUGUGGUAAUUUAAGGUAGUGUAACAAAACAGUGACAUCCAUUAUUUUAAAUCUGAGACCAUCAGAAUGUCAAAUUAUGCUUCUCCCACUUACUGUGGCAAUGUACUUUAGAGGAGGCUUUAGAGAAAUUACUUACUUGACUCUUAGGGCAAGUCUACACUACAGCACUCCAUCAUCGCAGCUGCACCAAUGCAACUGCGUCAGUGUACCGCAUCUGGUGAAGAUGCGCUAUGCCGACCGGAGAGCAGUCUCCCGUCAGCAUAGUUUCUGCCUCUUGCGGAAGUGGAGUAAUUAUGUUGGUCGGAGAGUGUUUCCUGACGAAAGCGCUGGUGUGGACAGCACUUAGGUUGCUGUAACUUGUGUCGCUCAAGGGGGUGUCUUUUUCACAUCUCUGAGUGAUGUAACUUAAGUGGUAUUGUAGACCAACCCUUAGAAACACACCAGCAAGAGGAACUUGGCUUGUCCCUUGUCUGGAUUGGAGUAGCCGUUCUGAUAUAUUAACAUGAAGACAAAGGGCUUACUCAGGCGAAACACCCAUUUGCAUCAUUUAGAGUUUUGCUUGAGUAAGGACUGUUUUCCCGUAAUCACUGUGUUCCUUGGACAAACCAUUUUGAAUCUGAUCCAGUAAAGCGGAGCAAGCUCCUUCAUCUGGCACAUUAAAUGGAAGCUCAGCUGGAAAACGAAAUGUAGUAUUUUGCCUUUGCAUUUCAAUUGAGUGAGAAUUUAUUAUUUUAAGCUUAGAGGGUGAUUAGCAUCUCCAAGCAAUGUAACAUCACUUACGAAGUCAGGUGACAGAUCGCUGGGCUAAAUAUGUGGAUACAAUUAGGCACGUUGAUUCUAUUAAUGAAAACAAAAAUAAAUGAAUGUCAUGUGCAUGCUUCCCAUGCAGUUCUUUCAGAGUAACUCACUUCUGACUUGCAGCACUCCUGCUGUUCGAGUCUGGGAUCUUUCUUUGACACAGAAAGUCUUUCAUGCAAAUUUGCGUGGUGGGCAAGCAUCCAAGAGAGAAUAGUUUAAAGUCUAAACCCACUUCCACUUUUGACCAGAUUUACAUUUGAACCAGGGUGGCUAAUGGUGAAAGACAUGUAUAGCACUGUGCAAGUGGGACCUCUCUCACACAGUUUUUAAAAAGACCCAGGCCCUGAUUCUCCUCUCACCCACUGCAUUGAUUUCAGUGGAAUUACUCAUGAUUUAUACCAGUGUGAGAAGAGAAAGAAUUAGAUUCAUGAUUUCUAAAACAAGUGAGGGAUUUUUUCCACUUGCACUCAAGCUUGUGAUAAAUUCUUAGAUUUGUGCCAAAAAAUAUGAAAAGAAGUCACCAACUGUUCUGCAGCUCUUUAGGCAAUUAUCACUGAACACACACCAUGGUUCAAAUGCCAUGAGCACAAAGAACUGCAGAAAGCAAAAUCUAUGUAAAUUGCAAACAAACAAGUGAUGCAAACACUAAUAGUACUUCUUGGUUAAAUACACAUUGAUUGUAAAAUUUAAACAACAUUUCAGUGAUCCAGUAAAUGUUUCGAUUUAUAUAAUAAAUGAUUGGAGGGUACAUGGAAACAAUGUUUGGAAGUGAAUUUCUCUCUGAGAAGUAUUGAAUAUAUUCUAUUUAUAGACCCAUAAUAUUUGUUAAAGAGCUUAGUGAAACCAGUAGACCCAACAGGGCGGGCAUUAGGCUGAAAUCAUACCAGUAGCUCCAUGCUUUGGUUGCUGUGAGAGUCACAAGAAGAAAUAGAUCAUGUUGAAUAGGAAGUGAGAAAUAUUCUAAUCUGAUGAUUUGGUAUUUUGGCAGAGUUCUUUUUCUUACUACAAUUAAAGCAGAUAUUUAAUACUAUACUGCAAAACUUGCCAUUGUUACUGUGACUUUAUUUUUGCUAUUUUUCAUGGAUUUGAUAGUACAAAGCAAAAACGUUGUAGAUCAUGGGGAGCAGGAGAGGGCAGAAAGGCUUGGAGACCUCCACUGAGUAGCUAAGUACUCUCCACCUUUAGGAUGCACCUUUAGGAUGCAGGAUGUGAUUGGCAGGAACUGUAUGCUUACACCGGGCCUCCAGUGGGAAUCAGCAUGCUCAGAGUGCCUAGAAGUAAAGAUGAUUGCUUUCCCUGAUAACUUUUUGCCCCGAUUCUCCAUUGUUCCCCUGGGUCCAUGGAGUCUAGGGGCUGGAUUCUGCCAUCUCUUGAAAACUAGCUUAUGGGACCUUUGUGACUUUAGCACUUCUGAUGUUGCAGCGGGCUUAAGUCCUCCUUCUGUUCUGGGGACUUUGGCUUCUCUGCAUGUUUGCUAACGGCGGGGAGCAUGAUGGUACUCCCCCUCUCCUCUGGGCUACUACUCACAGUUAGUUACCUUUGUUUUAUUUCACAGAAAAAUAAACAAAUUCUUACAGGCAAGACUCAUUAACUUUGUGAAGUAAAACAAAUGGGGGCAAAAGCAGUUCUCUGGUAUCUUCUUUGUCUCACAUUAUUUCACCAGAAGAUAACUAUGCUAGUUGAUGAGGAGGGCUGGUGUAAUGUUUAGCACAGUCUUCUAUCUUCCAUGUUUGAACACCAGCAGGAAUUCCAGGCCUGAUUCUGAUCUCUUUUGUGCUGAUGCAAAUCAGGAGCAAAUCCAGAGAAGACAGUGGGGAUACACUGGUGUAAAACUGAUAAAUGUGUGAGGAGAAUUGGGCCUGCUGCACAGAAGUGGAGGUUUUUUUAACCUGCUGUUUUCAGUAUGUUAGUUUAAUUUGCAUCGUUCACAGAAUUUCAUCUAUUCCUUGCACAUUUGUCCUCUGCCUCAGUUAUAUCUCCAUGCUUUGGCAGGAGGAAUACAUAUAAAUGAAAGUGUGUGCUCUUUAAUAAGAAGUAAAAGUUUUUACUAGGAGGGGCUGAGAUUUGGCUUGAAGUGAUAACUGCAAUAAAUAAACCUGAGAGAAGUGAAUCCUGCUUUUUUUGUUGCCAUGGUGUUGUUUGUCAGCGUGGGUGUUACUACUAUGUGGACUUCAGUGUGUAGGUGGCUUAGACAAAGGCUUGCUCGGUAAAAGAAGUUCUAUCGAGAUACAGCUGUAAAUUAUCUUCAGACCAGCGUUGUGGAUUUGCUAGCACACAUUGCACUUUGCUGUGCCUGCAGGGGCUGUUGUAUCCUUUGAUUGAGUCCAUUCCCAAGGGAAGGCAUCCGCAGGACAGCACUACCCACUGCUGUCACUGUGCCAAUUCUCUGCUGGAUAUCAGGCAGAGUGGAGGAUUCAGGACACUUGCCUUGCUGUAGCUCCCUUCCAGACAGAUUUAGUCAGCCUGCACUAGAUCUGGGUGAAUAACUCUUUCCAUUCAGUGGCAGUUCUGAAAAAAUAAUGUUAAUAAUAAUAAAAAAAUUGUCUUGAGUCAAACGACUUGGCCCUAUUUCACUUGCCUUGAUUUCAGUGGGAGCCCAGUCGUCCCAAUGGAGCUUGGCCCACUAUGUGGUCAUUUUUUCACUAAUUUUCUCCUCUCUGUGCUUUCUCAAGAUGCCCUCCAUUCCUAGCAUUUACUCACCUUCUUUCUGAGCCUGAUAAUACAGCUCCACGUUAUCUUUCAUGUGGGCCCCCCUGUGGUGAAAAUCCCCUUUUAGGAUGUCCCCAGGGCAAGCGCUGGCUGCAGAAGCCCUGAUAUCACAGCUUCAAGAGGUACCAGGGAGUGGGAAGAAGGCAUAGAGCCUCUACUUGAUGGCCUUCAUCUUUAUGAGAUCCUGCAAGAAACAGUUUGUGGUGGACUUUGUUACCUUUUCCCCAUUUUUUGCCCUAUCACAUCCCCGCGACAUGUCUCUGUAAAGAGACCUUCUUCCAAACCUGCCUGCAGGAGGUUUUGCCAAGGGAGGAGGUAAUCAGGAUAUCUUCUUAUAAGGCUCUCUGGACAUCCUGGCACACAUUCAGACGGUCUGGGGAUGGAUACUUGACCUAACCAUAGUCUCUGGAUAAUGCCAUUAUUCUAGAGAAGCAUUUUUUUAGCGAGAUCCCUGCAGUUUUGUCUAGAAUUAAUAUUCCCAUUUGCUUCUUGUCUCAACAAAUACUCUUCAUACAAAGUGAAGCAGCUAAUGUGCUCAGAUUACCUAGACAACAUGAUAAAAUGAAAUUUGGAUUAAUAAUGGAGAAAGAUAUAUAUUCAUAGUGCUCAUUUUGUAAAGAUGAUAAAAAUACUGGAAGGUCAACGAUGUUGCCUAUCAUCAAAUAAAUUGUGUUCACAUUGUUUCAGUAGACCCAGUUUAAUCCAAAAAUGUUUAUACAUUCGUUUUUGUAUUACAGAUUAAAAUAACAAAUUCACUGUUUAAAUGGCCCAGAUAGCACAACAUUCAUAGCUUUUCACUGCAGAUGACUACAGGAUAAUAACACCAAUAUGAAAGAAAAAUAGUGCUUGCUGGAUUUUUGUUUGGUUAAUUCUGUGUUGUCUGUGGGUGCAAUAUUUUCACAUACAUGCACAGAUUCUCUUAAUGCAGCAGUAUAACAGUAUUCACUGUCACACAUAUAUAGUGCUUUAGAUGGGAGGGAGACCUUGAGUGGGAAAAGGAACUGUUGGUUUUGAAAUCUAAAACUACGAGUUAUGAGAAGCAGAGUUGUCGAGCUUGAUUCUUGUUUACAUGAAGGCCAAUUUACAUCACUUCGGUAGUAUAAAGGAGCAUAAAAGUAGAAGUACAUUAUAUUUACACUCAUAUGAAGACCUCUUUGCAUUCCCAGACCUAUGCUGAAUGUCCUUAGGAUAAAUGAGACCAGUUAAAUAUAAAAUAGAUAGUAAAUAGUGAUAUAUAAUCUACUAUUAAUAGGUAGCUAAUGUCCAACAUAAUGAAAAUAAAAAAUAAUACACUAAAUAAAAAAGAAGUAUUUCAUGCAUAGUUUUUGAAGUAUUUUAUGAAGGAAGGUAAGUCUUAAUAUCCCCAUUUUACAAAUGGGGAAACUGAGGCACAGAGCAGUGAGUGGCUCAACAUCACACAGCAGGUCACUUUCAGAGCCAGGAAUAGAAUAUAGCUUUUUAUUAAUACUCAGUACGAUGCACAAUAAGUGCAAUGAGCAUUAUGUAGAAUAAUUAAUUGUAUGAGGUGUACAAUUGAUGUUUUCAUGAGGGAAAAUUUUGCAAGGUGAAAGAUGAGCAUGCCAGCACUGGCAAUUGCAUUAGCAGUUUUUUGCAUAGCACGGUCAGGGACAACUAUUCUAGAGACAAAGCUGUUUGAUUAAUCAAAUCAAUUUUCCACUGUAACAGUGCAGAGAGGUUAUGUCUGCCAGCAAUCUAAUUUGAAAUCAAAUGUUUAUGGAUUAAUGAACAGAAGACAAUUGCUUCCAAGCUUCUUUUCAAACAAAAGAUCUUAGGUCUUUAGAAAUGUGGAUAAGUAGAGAAUCAUUAGCCAGGGCUGGCAGUACAAAUAGACCUAACUCCCCAAACAAACCCUCUUUACUACCCCCCCCCCCAAAAAACCCCCAAAACCCCACCCUUGGAUUAUUAUUUAUUUGGUUAAACCGUAGUGUGCCAUAAAUAAGGGUAACUCCAUGUAUUUCAGUGAAUCAGGUCCCUCAAGUUUAAAGGAAAUAGGAAACUUAUCCAUGGUCUAACAUUAUAAUUCAGUAACAUUGAGUUCAAUGGAACUGUGCCUUUUUACAUCAAUGGAGGAUGUAAAUCAUAAUCUCCUUUUCAAAAAAGAAAUCCAGGCCAUGUUUUGGAAUGACCCUUUUGGUAAAAUAUAUUGGAAAAUUCAGUCUCCCUUUUGUACUCUUACGUGAGGUUACUCAUGACAUUAUCUUUAAAAUCUCCAAACAAUUGGCUUAUUAUAAAAGGAAACGUAAUCCACUUGAGUAUAAAAGAAACUUCUUCUGCUUUUAUAAGAAACAACUGAAUUAAUUCAGGUACCAUUUUGUGUUCCCUUUGGUCCCUUUCUUCCCUAAGAAGACUAUUUGCUUUGGUUUGAUACUAAAUUGGUGGUAUCGAAAUGCUCCCCAUUGAGUUUAACAGUUAAUUUUGCAUAUUGGAAAAAGAAAUCUUUGCUCUGAUGUUUUAUGUCAUCCCCAUGGUGCCACUGACAAAUAAGAAGCAUAUAGCUCUUAUUGAGUCAAGAGAAUAGUACAACUUCUCUGAAGAAAAUUGGCUGGCUUUCACUCACUACAUAAAAAAUGGUCAGUUAAACACAGAAGCAGCUGGAAGUGAAAAUCCUCCUGUUGUCAAAGGUGAAAAUUAAACUGCUUCCUGCUUUGACUUGCUCCUUUUCCCUCUAAGAUUAUUUUAUCUUUAUGUUGUAAUGCUUAUACUACUGGUUAAGGCCAGCCCGCUAACGUGAACGCCUGGAAUCAAUUUUACAAGCCUUCUUCACUUUGGGUAGCCCUUGCUUUACGAGUAGUUUCACUGAUCUCCACGCAAAAUAUACCUGAGUCUCUGAGUUUACGUUUUAAGACUGGUAUUUUCAAAACUGUUCUGCACUGGCCCGCGUUUGCUCCCAUUGAAGUCAGUAACUCAACUAUUGACUACUGACUCCUGUGACAGCAGAGUGAGGCCAGUGUUGAGUGCUUUGGAAAAUCCCUUCCAAUGACUCCUGUGAGAUGACUCAUGUGAGUAAGUGUCACUCAGUAUAAGGGUCACUGAAUCAAGUUCUAUGGGUUUUGUGCAGGACUUUUAUCUAAAAGUAAAUGAGAAUAAAUGAGAACAUUUUUAAUGGACACUUUAGUGGGGGAAGAAAUAGUUGAGAAAAGUUAGACAGAAACCAUUAUGUUUAAAAUCUGUUCAGCAGGUACUGCAACCUAAAAUGUUGUCUGCUACUAUAGAAAAUAUUGUUUUACAGUUUAAGUGUUAUGUUGCAUUGGGACAAAGCUCCUUGCAUUGGCUACUCUACAUUAAGCAACAUUGUCUGCAAAUCCCACGCAAUUGUUCUUAGCUUAGAACAUUUCACUGACUCUAUGUCAAAUUAUUUUCACUGGUGUUAUAGCUGUGUGUUGGGCCCAGGAUAUUAGCGAGACAAGGUGGGUGAAAUAAUAUCUUUUAUCGGACCAACUUCUGUUGGUGAAAGGCAAGCUCUCAAGCUACACAGAGCUCCUCUUCAGAUCUUCGAGCUACAUGUAGCUCUUCUGCAAAGAUCUGAAGAGGAGUUCUGUGUAGCUCGAGAGCUUGUCUCUUUCACCAACAGAAGUUGGUCCGAUAAACAUAUUACCUCAUCCAUCUUAUUCCUCUGUAUCUCACAUUGUUUUUCUUUAUAAUUUCAGAAGUUAUAACAAAUAAUAUCCAUGGCAAAGUGAAUAAGAUGAUAUAACAAUUGUCUCACAACACUGUGCUUAUAUAGAGCACUGUAUAAGAUUGAAUUAGGCUGUUCUCAGUGGUGGCAGAUGACAGAACAAGGAGCAAUGGUCUCAAGUUGCAGUGAGGGAGGUCUAGGUUGGAUAUUAGGAAAAACUAUUUCACUAGGCGGGUGGGUGAAGCACACUGG